ACGCCAACCAAAUCGAAUCUCUGUAUACAUUUACAUCCCAUAGGCCCAGUUCCAGCCACUUCCAUUACAUUCCAUCGCCGCAUAGCCCACUACCCACUUCCAAAUAUGCAGUCUUUGCAAGAGAAGGCCUCACAAUGGAGCGGAGUUGACCCAGCCGAUGCCUUUGCCAUUGACAACACCAGUUUGUUUCAGAAACUCGGUCUCCAAACCUUCAUCAAUCUAUCCACCAAUUUCUACAACAGGGUGUAUGAUGACGAAGAAGAGUGGUUUAAAUCGAUUUUCGCAAACUCGAAGAAAGAAGAAGCGAUCCAGAAUCAAUAUGAGUUCUUUGUGCAGAGAAUGGGAGGACCUCCUCUAUAUUCUCAGAGGAAAGGCCAUCCUGCACUGAUCGGACGCCACCGACCAUUUCCUGUCACGCACCAAGCUGCAGGGAGGUGGUUGCAUCACAUGCAGAUGGCAUUGAACGGCACCCCAGAUAUUGAUGAAGACUCAAAAAUCAAAAUGAUGAACUUUUUCAGGCACACUGCAUUCUUUCUAGUAGCUGGUGAUGAGUUGAAGAACCAAAACCAACAAAUUCCAUGCAAGCAUGGAGCCAACAAACCAACUUAAGUGUAAGUUAUUAAAAGGAAUACCUCAUUUGUUAGUGGCAAAACUAUGGGGGAUACAAUUGUUUCCAGACCUUUUAAAGGUCGUAACAUUAUGUUGGUAUUGAAACAAAACUUCAUCAUUCCUUGUAUCAAUAAAACUUGAAAUGUCAGAUGAAAUAUUGUGAAAUGUCAGAUAAAAUAUUGCAUGAA